AAAAAUGCUGCUUCAAAGAUGGCGGACAAGUUGUUGAAGCUAAUAAUAGUAGUACUUUUUAUUAGUUUUCGACCGGUAUCGUCAGUUGAAGAACCAAAUUCCGAAGGUAAGCUAUCUUACCGUGUUUUCAUGAUAAAAAUUUUUUCGGGCAAUUUUUCCUCUCGGAGAAAAAAAUGCAUUUUUGCUGCUGGGUCGUGAGCCGCGCGCCAAUGGACUGGACAUGUGUGUUUCAGUGAAAAAGAUAGAUGUUAAUUUUUGUAGCGGCAAAAAAACGCGUAAGAAUUUUUUCCUUCUUCAACAUAUUUUCUUUUAAAGGGGAAAAUGUAGAAGUAGGCUUUUCCCAAGUUUCUGUAUUGGACAACAGAUUCUGGAUACAUAUGAUCACCAAUUUGACUCUGCGCGCAAAAAUUGUUCUCGCGAUCACUUGUUCUUUACAAGGCUAAAGUGGUAAGCGGUGCAUACUUUAGUCCUUUUAGCUGGAGUUAGUACUUUUGUAUUUACUUUUCCGCGGAGUUGCUCAUUUCUUCACUUCAACAAACGAAAUGCCUGUAAAUAAAGCCAAGUCAAAGGAAGACAAAGAAAUUGAAUUGAAACAAAUUGGAGUCUUAUUGAAGUGUUUUUUGCAUGCAUGCAGCACUUCAGUACCAUUCAAAAGUAAUUUGACAGUCUGCGCGUUGUGAGUCACUAUUCUCGACUCAAUUCUCGAUUUCUGCGCAAAUUAAGAAUCAAGAGCUGAGAACAAGUUAACGAGAGUUGAGAGGAUUGAGUCUUGUGACACAGAAAACAAAAGAUUCACCUAUGAGUGAUUUCUCGUUAAUUACAUUGGUUUAUUUGUGCAAACGUUUGUAUGCUUAUUAUUGAAACAAGACCAAGUUAAGCGAAUGUUAAAGGGCAACUUUUUAGAAGUUAUUUAGAAGUUAGUACUUUAUAUAGCUUAGUACCUGGCCAGUCAAGUAACAAGACUUGUCUACUCGAGUGGCUUGGUAAUUCCCCAGUUGGAGUUGAUGAGCCACUGAGCUGCUGAGCAACUAGAUAUUUCACCUUUCUCACUUUCUAAAACUAACAAAAUUCUAAAAAAAUAUUGCAUUAGUUUAGGUUUCAUGUUCUAAGAAGUAAACUUUCAGGAGGCAGCACGACUUAGUGGUCAGGGUAUUAGACUUGCAAUCUGGCGGUCUUUGGUUUAAUCCCUGCUCUGGCCACUUGCUGGAUUUGUUCUUGGUUGUCUUGAGGUUGAAUCCUUAGCCGUGCUUGUUAAUAGCCAACCAGUUGCCUCCUUCCAGUUGGGGUUUUUAAUCCUGUUGUUUUCUAAUUUAUUUUAAUUAUUUGUUUCUAAUUAUUUGAGUUGAGUUCCUGUUAAUUUGCUGCAUAAGUUAAGGGCUAGCCUGUGUCAGCCUCUCGGUCAGUGCAGAUAAGCAAAAAAGUGGGCGAGCAGUGAAAUAGCGAAUGAGUGAGAAAUGGUGGGAAGAAAGAAAGGGAGAGCCUGUAAGAAUCUUUUUAAAUACAUCAAUCCAUCCACUAUCCUUUCCACUUCCUGAAAAACUGUCUCUGAUGUCAGAAUGUCAAAUGUUAAAACAUCAAAAGGUGUGGUGUAGGAGGAUUUCACAUGCUCAACAUGUUUGUUAAACUCUGUGUGUGCAAAGUCAAAUGGGUGAUGUAAGAGAUGAAGUUAACUGUCACAACUGACCGGCCAUAGGGUAUACCAGGAGCUAGUAUACUGGAAUGACUUAUUGAAAACAAUACUUUAUACAGGUUCCAUCUCUCGCCAGCCCUCAUGCAGUUUUUGUGCAACUUUUCUCAAUUAUCUUUCCCUUCUAUCUUGAACUUGGAACAGGCUAGGUAAACAAACUGUCAACCUUUAACAUCCUUCUAACUCUCAAGUAUUUUCAGUCACCAAACACAGGCUGUUCAUAAACCAAGUUGCUUCAGUCUAAACUGCAUACCCCCAAAAGACCUCCAUCCCUGACUGGUAUGCAUACGGCUGGUCUUUAAAAUAAAUUUAACUUAAUUCUGAAAUGAGAUGAGCCCUCCAGUUGUUGUUAAAUUACUAUCACAGGAAAAUAUGCAAAAAAUGUUCAAUGUACCAUUGCACUUCAAACUCACUCUACAUUUAACCUUAAAAUUUAAUGUUGUGCCACCAGAUUCAGUAGAGGUAAAUGAUGACGACAGUCAAGAUGUAGAGAAAGAAAGUGAGGAAAGUCAGGUAAGUAAUGUGUAGAAAAUUCCAAAACUCAGAGCAAAAAUUAAGAAAACGUAAGGAAUAUUUCAUCUGAAUCACUCAGACUUCAUCAAGCUGAUGAAGUUCAUCCAAGCAAUCUGGACAAAAUAUUCCUUUUGUUUUCUUAAUUUUUGCCGCAAGGUAAGUAAUGGUUGGCCAAUAAUCAUUUAAUCUAUGUUGUAAAUCAUUGUUUUGGACUGGGCCUCUGCUUGCCAAGGGUCAGUGAAUGUGUGGUUCCAGAAAAUAUCUAUACCACCCCCACAGAAGGGAUUUGCCAUAUGACCCCCCUCCCCUCAGGAAUUUCCGAAAUUUUCACACACCCCCUGGAAUUACUGCUAUCUCUUAUUGAAGUGAACAAAUGAGUAGUUUUGUUCUGUUAAAAUCUAUAACAGAUAAGCGAAUUCCUUAUGUGAACUCCUUUUGUGCUCAAGUCAAGAACAAAUUUUGUGGGUUUCAUUUAUAUUCUGUUGAAUUCUACAACUGAUAAGUGAAUUCCUUAUGUGCUCAAGUCAUGAAGAAAUUGUUGAACAAGUUCUUAGCCUGUACUUUUCUAAACAAAGAGAUCACGACCUUGUCGCGCAAUAAGACAGUGUGUGAGUAUUGAAUUUUGUUCUACCAAAUUUGCGUACGGUGUUUGAGUUUGCAGUAAAAUUGCACGUCACCAAUUUCAUUUGCAAGAAAAUUGUCACGCAAAGUGCAAUGUGCUAGAAAAGACUCUUUGUAACUUCUUUGUGGUAGAGAAACAGUCAAGUGAAGAAGGAAUGUAACCAAUUAAAAGGAAUUUUUUGCGUGUUUGUGUUCUCGACAUGCAAGGAAUAUGAAAGUUUUGUUCCGCUGGCUCAUAAACUACAAAAGAGUAAAAGAUAGAAAAUAUUAUUUUCGGGAAACUUGUUGAAGAAAACCCUUAAGUAUUGAAUAAAACGUACAUCGAUACUGUCGAUAAUUAAAUGAUGGUAUGAAAGCGAAGAUGGUUACAAAGGAGCAGAGAUCCGUGAUAGUAUUCAUGAUGUGUUUGUAAACAACCUUCGUAGCGUGACCACUCAAGAAUAACAGAUCGUUCGACGCGAAAUAGUGACGAAAUUGUUUUAGGAUGGAAACUCGGGUGAAAUUUUUCUUGAACAGAUAGCUUCAGUGGCAUAAAUGGUCGACAAUUUUGUUUUCAAACGGAUAGCCAUAGCUGUUUGAACGGAUAACAAUUUUUUUUCAAAUGGGUAGCCCAAGGUGUUCGAACAGAUGACAAUUUUUUUUCAAACGGAUAGCCCAAGCCGUUCGAAUAGAUAGCACAAGCCGUUCAAACAGAUGACAUUUUCUGUGAAAAGAUAUAUGUAGCUCAAGCCAUUCGAACGGAUGACAUUCUUUUUUUGGAACGGAUAGCCCGAGCAGUUCAAACGAAUGCCAAAUUGGCAAAUGCAUUCGAACAGCUAUCCAUUUGAAAAUGCCAAACCUUUAAGGAACGUUUCGCGUGAGAGGUCAUUCCAAGGGACUGACAAAAUGUCUUUGCUAUGUUCAUUACUCCUUAUCCUUCGCAAAUAAAUUGUUGUGGUAAAUUUUUGUGUUUUUUCUUUGUUACCCUCUUAUGCGUCACAAGAACCCUCUGGAAAUAUUUCCCUUUGGAGCACCCCCACUAGAAAAUUAGGCAAAUUGACCCCCCCUCCCCCCUGGAAAACCCGAUCCCUUCUGUUGGGGGUGGUAUGGAUAUUUUCUGGAACCACACAAUUCAUGUCUUGCUUGGUGCUUGCCUUUUGGACAAGCAAGUAUGGAAAGUGACUUUAAAAUCUAGCUAAAAGUCCCAGUCAACAACAAAGUUCAGUGUAGUUAAUUAGAUUAUUGAAAAAAAUCAAUUCAAAAUCUUCUGUUACCAUUAUCACUGGCCUUGUUUCCUCUUUAAGGGGGUGUUUAGUAUAGAUAAUCAAAUUAAAUAAUUAAUUAAAAGGGGUCAACCUACCUUUAGAAAACUCUUCUGUAGCUGUUUGUAGAUCAUCUGUAUAAAAGACUAACCACACAGUAUCGAAAUUACGAUAAUUAUUGUUUCUUUGUUUUUACAGACCCCUGCAGCAGAAGCUGUGGGAAGCAAGGGAGAACCUGGCAUCUUUUCUCAAGUUCUUUCAGAAUUAGCAGCUCCCUUUUUGGAUGAGGAUGAAGCUGAUUUUGAUUCAGAGGACAGUUCCUCUGUUGACCCUUCCUCAGAAGACACCAGCAAAGAGGAAGGAAAUGAUAAAAACAUUCAUCAGGACUAUCACUCUUCAAGUGAAAACAAAGAAGAGGGAGAUAAAAAAGAAGAUAAUGAAGACAUUGAGUCUAAACACCCAUCAUCAGAAGACAGUUCAGACAAAGGAAAUAAAGAUGAUAAUGGUAUCAAUAUUCCAUCAGUGGACUCAAUUUCAGAGAAAAAUCUUAGAAAGGAGAAUAAAAACAAAGAGGAUGUUUCACCGCACACCUCUUCAGAGAACAAAUUAGACAAUUAUGAUCAUCCAUCAUCUUUGGAGGAGAAUGUGGACAAGUCUGAUAGUUCAUCUAGGGAAAUGACUUCAGAUGUUGCUAUCAGAGAUGAAGAAGACAAAAAGAUCAAUGAAGAGCCACAGUUUGCCUCUUCUAAGUAUAUGUCGGUAAGUAGAGAUUCUUGUGCAUUUAUUCAGAGUUGUUUUCCGUUGGCUGGGGAACAAAAGAAGCAGAAAAUAUUUUUCUCACACACAUCUGGGAGUUUGGGUGCUAGUGUGUGUGUGGGAGGGGAGGGGAGGGGAGGGGAGGGGAGGGAAGGGGACUAGUCACAUGGUUGGUUGUAUUGUACCAGUUUUCCUAGCUUGUUGCCAUUUUUCAUUGCCGGAUGUGUCCCACCCACCUUUUAAGCUGAGUAGUUUAGGUCAUUUACUGUUUCUUUCAUUUUUGUGAGUUCCUCGUUUUAUAUAGUACAGAUUUUCAUCUGGCUUUAUUUCCAUCAUUAGCCUUUGUGAAAACAAACAAAGCAUUGCUUCUAACAAUUUUUUUAAAAUAUAUUUUACUCUAUGGGUCUCCACCCUAAACCACAUCCCAUCCCUUUGGAAAUGCAUUUUGUGGUAAAAGUCACGACAUUUAGACGUCUCCAAGGUCAUUUUCAAGUGUAGAGAAGUAUCAACUUAGCAUAAAUAAAACAGAUAAGAAUGCAAUAAACACAACAAUGCAAGAAAAUAAUUAUGUCAACAGUAAGUGAUAAAAAUAAUAUUCAUAAAAUUUUAAAAAAAGGAACAUUUCAAUAAAAAAAUAAAGUAGUAAAUAUAAUAAGGCUAAUAAAAAGUGAUAAAAACAAAUUUUGUUCAGAUGAAAUUGCACUGUUUGUUUACAUGUAGUGUUAAAUAAUGGUUUUACAUUUUUUGAUACAAAGCAUUUAAAUAAUAAGGUAAUCAAGAAAAUGGGAAAAAGUAAUUUAAACACUGUGGCUGUUUUAUUACAAGAAUGUACUGCAUGACUGCAAAACACUCCUGCCAAUAAUGUUAUGUGUUUCAGUACAGUACUGAAUGCCUAUUAUUUGUCAGUCUGUCACAGAGGAUUCAAAGUCUGGACCAACUGCAGAUGAACAGACAGUCACAAGUGAAGAUACAGGGAAAAUUAUAUGGCCCAAUGUGGCUUCUGUUCCUGCUUUGCAUUCAAGAUCAACACCAAAUACUGAGGAUAGUAAUGAACAUAUACAAACUCAGAAUGAACAUUAUGAUGAUAAUAAUCAUGGAAAGGAGAAGUACUCUCAUCAAAAAGAGUUGUCAGAUGAAGAAUUGGAGCAUUUGCGAGUGAAAGGCAAGCCUAAAGUUGAAGAGCAUGAAACAACAGAAGUGGAGAGUGAAGAUGAAGGCAAUGUGGUUGACAUACCAGAGAAAGAUGACAAAGAGGAGACAGAAAACACAAGAAGCAAUGCUGAAAUUGAUGAAACAGUUGGGGAUGAUCCUGUGGAAAAGGAAGGUAAGGAAAGCAAGAUUGAUGAAGGAACAAAACAAACUUUUCAAGAAGAGGAACUAGUUUCUGAAGAAGGGAAGUUAGAGAAAGAACAAGCAGAAACUCAGAAUGUAAAAAUGGCUCAAGACCAGGAUGAGAAGAUUGAUGAGCAGCGUAAGGCUGCUGCUGCUGCGUUUGCUGCUACUGCACAGAAACUGAAGGAGGAAAAAGAUGACAAGCAAAAGCACAAAACUCUGAAGAAACAACAGGUAGAAGUUAAGCAGCGUGAAAAGUUGACUGAUGAACAGGAACUCAAAAGUGAAACAGGGAGGGAGUUAAGGUCAGAUCCACCAAGAAAACAGCUGGAUGAAAAGGAGGUGCAUAGGAAAAUGGCUAAUGAGCAAAAACUAAAGACUGAGAAAAAUAAUCAACAGCAGAGGCACAAGACAGUAGUUAAACAAGCAGAAAUGGUUGCUUACCAGACAAAGCGUGUGGAUGAGGAACCCAGUGAUCAGAGAGAACAACAAGAAGACUUGAAGCAAAGUGUAAAGUCGCCUGAUAAGGAGAGGUACAAUGAAAAGGAAGAUGAGCAGGAAAGAGUAGUAUCAUCUGAGAAGCAAGUAUCAAAAGCUGAACAGCAGGAGAUGCAGGCGGAAGAACAAAAACCUGGUGACAACAGGCAAGCGAUGGUUGAGGAUGCUCAAAACAACAUGAAUAAGGAGAGGUUCACAAAAAGAAAAAAAAUAAAAAUGGAAAAUGAGAAGAUGGCAGAAGAAAAAAGGCACAAGGAUGAGGAGGCUAAACAGUUAAGGAUAGAAUUAUUAAGAAAACAAAUAGCAGAAUUGGAACAAAGUAGAAAAAUGGAUGAAGAACUAAGUCAGAAAGAUAUAAAAGAUCAACAGGUAAAGGUGGAGACACCAAAGAAAUCAGAGCUACGGAUGAAAGCAGAUGAGAAUCGUCAUGAGGAGGAACACAAGAAAGAUGAUUUGAUGGAGAAACAGGAGGAUGAGAAGGGGUUCAAGGAAAUGGAAAAACAACAACUGGUAAAUGAAAAGAUGUCUUAUGAAAAAAGGCAAAGUGGUGAGGAGGAUAGACAUGAGGUGAAAGACAGUGAGGAACAGGAUGAUAGUGGAAAGACAGAGCAGAAAACUAAAGAAGAAAAAAGUGAUGCAAAGGUAGGUUAUGUAGGUGCAUCAGGAUGCAAAGAAAGUCAUUUUUACAGCUUGCGAUUGGGGCAAGUUGAAGCUAACAUUUACUAGCCCAAAUAUCAUUUCAACUAGCCCCAAAAACAUUUUGAUCAGCAGAGUGAUUUCAAAGUUCUUCUGUAAUUUGAAUUCCUCAAAAAAGUUCACUUCCCCGUCGGGCAAGUUAAUAACAGAAUUCACUAGCCCGAUAACAAAAUCCACUAGCCCCGGGCUAUCGGACACUUCUUUCUUUGCACGCUGUGCAUUUUCAGCUCGUUAAAAUGAUUUGUAAUGUAGUAGAAGACACAAAAGAGCAGAAACUACAGGAAACAAGGGCCAAAAGGGAAGCCAUGGGUUCUCCUUUCCCCAAAAUAAUAGAAAAACAAUAAAAGAAAAAAUGACGCACAUGGUCAGGGCUGUCAAUAAGGGCCGGUAGCCAGCUUAAACUGCUAUUAGCCAUCCUUAGCUGGCUACUUUCAUCUCUUUCUACUGCCACAAUAUUAUUAUAACUGCUAACAAAAAAUGAGCACCAUUAAAUAAGAUUGUGAAGCAUCCGUUUGCCAGUUUUGAAUUACGUUGAACGCAUAUUUAAACAGGUUUAGAAACAUUCAAACCGUGCAAUGUCAUGGAAUGCCUGGGACAUUUCCACGGUUUUGUUCCCAGUCUUGCGUGUAUUCUGAUGAAACAAACGUGGUGCCCACGGUGGAAAAUAUCUCUUGAAUACCCCUGCAAACACCAUUUCUGAGACUCUAAAUUUCAAAAUGUCCCUAGAUACCUCAGCCCUCAAGAACUUGUGCUUUUGGUGCGAGUUCCAAAGCUGCCUACUAUUCGUUAUCAGCCUGCUAUGUAAAAACUUUUUGACAACCCUUUACCUUGUUACUUGGAGUAUAAGGAUUUAAGUCUAUGCUAAUGUACUAUAAUUUAUUUAUUCAUUCUCCUUUGUGCAAAAGGUACAAACAUUUAUUGUUGGAAAACUUUUUUUUAAAAAAACUACUGUUUGUUUUCGAUUCCCACUUUACUUUUGUCUAGAUUAAUUUUAUUUAUUUUUUUUAGCUGGAAGGGGAGCAAUUUAAACAAAAGAUUGCUGGUGAAAGAAAAAUGUUGGCACAAAUGGCACGGGAGUAUAACUUCAAGGACCAUGGAAAACAGCAGCUGGAAGGGGAGCAAUUUAAACAAAAGAUUGCUGGUGAAAGAAAAAUGUUGGCACAAAUGGCACGGGAGUAUAACUUCAAGGACCAUGGAAAACAGCACAAUGUACACAAAGACCAUGAACGUAUGACCCAGAGCCCUGUCAGAGAACAAGAAGUACCUGCUAAAGUUGAUCAAGGUUUGUAAGCACUGCUUUUUACAGUGCUGUGGCAUAAAUUAUUGUUGUUAUUGCACUUUGAGAAGACUACUUAUCCCAGGGAGGUAUUCCUUCUGUUACCUUUGAUGUACUACUUUCAUCUUGGAUUUUUAACUUCUUUUUACCAAAUAUUCUACCAGUUGAACCACAAUGCCCUCCCAUCCCUCCCCCCUUUUCCCCGUCUAUAAUGAGGUUAGUUAACCCUUUCACCCCUGAGCCGUCUGUAACGGCCUGUGCGUAUCCACAUUCCUUCCACUGCUUCGGACAUCAUUAGUUUCAAAGGUCAAAGACAACUUUGUCCACUAACUUGAGCUGAGUUAAGAGAUCUUUCAAACCAUACCAGAAUGAGCACAAUUCAGUCAAGGACACUGAAGAAAAAGGCAAAAAACCAUGUAACACUGCCCUGAAAAUUUCCUUAAAAAUAUUGUUCCACUACCCACCUACCUUUCCUUUUAUCUAAUCGUACAGUAAGUUCCUAAAAGCUUUCUUAAAAACUUUUUCCACCAAAAUGAAGCCUACUAAAUGCCCAGCAAAAAAAGAAAGAGGCAAGAAAAGCAAAAAAAGAGGGCAAGGGGCUGUGCUCUAGUAGAGCCCUGUGGUCCAUGGCGUCUAAGUGUUGUUCUUGGGCGACUAGAAAAUCUUUGCUUUUUCAUAGAAAUCAUAUGCUGGGCACACUGGAUUUCACAAGUUCAGAGCACCGGGCUGCCUUCAAUUUUUCUUAGAGCACAGCCUUGGAGGGGAGGAGGGAAAGUGAAAAGUAAUUUAAGAAGUCAACACCGCUGUCACUUUUAAACCCAAAAUCUCUCAAAAUUUUGCUUUCUGCGCAUGCGCAAACUUUGCAUGAAGUGUGUGACCUGUAAAUGGCUUUGUGGUAAGUAGCACAACAGUGACCAGAAAACCCGCUCAAUUGGCUUGAAAAAAUGUUUUUCGGCAAAAUGUCCAGGGGUGAAUGGGUUAACGUCAAGGAUUUUUUAUGAAAAAGCAGCAUGGUGACUUUGAAAUACAAAAUUUGUUAUAAAAGGGUUAGAGAUCUUUAUGAAUUACUUUAGUUCCCACCCAGUUCAAUGUUUAUUAACAUCCUUAAAUAAACCAUUUUUUCAUAGCUUCCAUUAUGAUUCCAGUGGCAGCCACGAGUAUUAUAAGCACCUGGACACCAUCGCCUUCCAUCAAAAAGCUUGAAACCACAAAAACUGAGUCUACCACACCUGUUUCAAGCUCAAGGACCAAGACAACUGUUGAUGACCCAGUUUUAGUCACUAAGGAAACGAUACAACCAACUGCAACAAUUGCUGCAACUUCCUCAGCUACAUCUACAAUAACUGUGUCAAGCUACACUCAAGGUAAAAGAUCAAUAAUCAAAACACAACAAGAGUUGCAAUCCCUUAGAUCUGGAUUACACUAGUGGAGUUUAAAGCCGAUUCAGAAUCAGGAAAUAAGGAAUUUUCUCCUCCUGGCAUAUUUUGGUACAGGCUAUCUGCUGGUGUGGAUUACCUGAUGAAUGUUAUCCUUGUUUUUUGAAAGUAAGCCAGUGCAGAAAAUGUAACAUCAGGGUAAUCCAUGGUUCACACAGUCUUGAAAAAUCCUUGCAAAUUGAAUGUGGUCCUGAAAAGUCCUUGAAUUUUCUUCAACUUUGAAUGUAGUGACCUUGAAAGUGUUUUUUAAUGCUUUUUAGUUGUCCAAGACAGAAUAUAAAUCAUAGCCAUAAAUCACCUUUAACCCAUUCGCUCCUGGAGAUUUUGCCGAAAAACGCGUUUUGAAGCUAGCCGAGUGGUUUUCUGGUGACUUUUGUGCUAUAAAGAGCUAAAACUUGCCACAAACUGGUUUACAGGUCGAACACUUCGCAGCCUUCUGAUCCAGAUUCAAAAUAUCAGCUUGAGAAGUUUGGGCAUGUGCAGGAAGCAAAAUUUCGAGAUUUUGGGUUUAAAAGUGACACAGCAGUCUUGACUUUUACUUUUCGCUUUCUCUCCUCCCUUCUUUUUUCGCUUUUCUUGCCUCAUUUUUUUUUCUCUUGCUGGGCAUUUAGUAGGCUUCAUUUUGGUGGGAAGAGUUUUUAGGAAAGCUUUUAGGAUCUUAGGAUUAGGUGAAAGGAAAGAUAGGUGGGUAAUGGAACAAGAUUUUCAUGGAGAUUUUCAGGUCAAUGUCACGUGGUUUUUUGCUUGUUUCUCCGGUGUCCUUGACUGAAUUGUGCUCAUUCUGGUAUGGUUUGAAAGAUCUCUUCACUCUGCACAAGUUAGCGAAGAAAGUUGUCCUUGACCGUUAAAACUGAUGACGUCACAAUGGGUAGAAAGGACCUGGAUCCGCACGAGCGGUUACGGGCGGUUCAGGGGCGAAUGGGUUAAAUUCUAAAUUUUAAAAAAAAUCAAUUUAAGACAAGUGAACUGAAAAAUGUUGAGAAACUGGUGGGGCAAAUAGUUCAAGCCUUAAAGUCCUGUUAGCUUGGACUGGGAAUCUGCAUGUGUACAAAUCUGUGAUUUACAUUCCUGGUCCUUGAAAGACCUUAAAAAGUCAUAUGUGGUUUUUGAAAAAAACUUAAAAAGUGCGCAAAAAAUGGUUGCAAUUUUUUGUAUGAACCCCGUAAUCUUGGUGUCAUAUAUUAGCCAUAGGCAAAAUUGUUGUGGGCUUAUUUGAAACCACUUAAUGACAGUGUAGUUUUCUCAUUCUCCACAAUUUUACCUUGCUCUGCUGUGAAACUGGUGUUUUGUGGUCUGCAGUUCCAAAUAAGUUGUUGACAUUUUAUAAGGUCAUCUAUACUGAGGGAAAGGACAAUGUAAACUUUUAUUCAAUUAAGUGAAUAGUGACAGUGAACCAAAGUAAGAGUUACAGCUGUACAUUGCAGUUUUUAUUUGAUGAUGUGCUUUUUUUUCUUUUGUUUUUCCCUCUCCUUACAUCUUCGGUACAUAACAAUAAAUGAUUAGUAUUCAUUGUUAAUGGUUUUGAGUAUUUUUUCCUUCUUUCAGGUGCCGAAGUAUCAGAAGCACCAAAAGUUGUCUUGAGUGAAACACAGCCUGUUGGUAAUGCAUCACAAGUCAGUUCUUAUGCUGCAUUUAUGGUGUCUUUUCGCUCCUUCCAUGAAAAAUCAUUCGAUGCCUUUUUGUUGUAUUGGCCCACAAUAAGAAAUGGUACUAGAGAUGUGUUUGGACUUGUAGGACUUGAUGGCGUAAGUAUUAUUGUUUAACUUUAUUGUCCAGGUAUUUGACAAUGAUUGUUUGUUUGCUUGAUCAAUUCUACAUGUACACGCUUGCUUUGUAGCGUUGGGCAUAAAUAUUGUGAACAAUCAUUGGCCCCAUAUUUUGGCAAAAAUUGUGACUUAGUUUUUAUAUUAAAGAUUUUAAAGGCUACACUAUUGCAGGGAUUGAAGGCAGAAGUCAAUAUCCAGUAAAAAAACUUGAAUUCUGUCAUCAGUAUAGACACUCUAUUUUUCGGUUGGGAAAAGUUCCAGUUUAAUAUUAUUUUGAUUUUUUUGAGGAACAAAAAUAUCAGCCUCUCAAUGUAUAUUGCAUGACAAUCAGUGUUAUUAUGUUAAAUCUCAUUGUGUCUCACCCACCUCAAUUUUUAAAACCCACUUCUUGGAAUGAAAAGCUUUUUGUGUUUGAUACAUCACACAUGUUCUUACUAAAUUUAUAUUAAUGUAGGUAUUUGACCAACUCUGUCAUGAUCUGGCAGAUGUUCACCCUGCUAUCUUGUUCGUAACUUUCCUGUUUGGGAUGCUCGGCUUUCUUUACCUUUUGUGGUCUUUUACGGUGAGCUAUAAAUUUCCAUUCUUUCAGUAUUUUUACCUCUUUGUCCAUAGCAUGUGAUAGUAUUGUCUUACUAAAUACACAUACAGAACUCUGUUCAUUUUCCUCUGAUAAUUUAGUACACAUGUACAUACAACAUAUACGCUUUACUAUGGUAGUUACAAUAAAGUAUUAUUGUAAGCUGGUCAUAAGACCGUUGUACAAUCGGCGACUAAAUUGUUGAGAUGUACUCAAAUAUGGUAACUUCAGAGAACAAAAGAAUCUACACCCCUCCUCCCUCCCCUCCAUUCAAAGUUGGGGUGUUUGUUGUUUCCUACAGGUAGCUUGAACAGCGGCACAACAUUGCAUGGAGGGGAUGGGGAGGAAAAGCUUUCUUUUCCCCUUUUGAAGUUGGUAAAAUGUCAGAAGCCCCCUUUAGGGCGAAGAGUCUCAACUAAUUUUGUUGCCGAUUGUAGUCAUAUAAAUAAAUAAAAUUAAUAAAUUAAUAAAUAAAUAAUGAUUUGGAGGUAGCACAUCCACAAAGUGGUUCUUUGUCUACCUGAUUCCUGGUCGAAUUGGAAAUGUUGGUUUUGAGGAGAGGGGAAAAGCGGAGUACCCAGAGAGAAACCUCUUGGAGCAAGGGAGAGAAGAGACAACCAACAUCAAUCUCAACCCACAUAUGGUAUUGAGGCCGGGAUUUGAACACAGGCCACAUUGGUGGGAGGCGAGUGCUCUCAUCACUCCACCAUCUCUUACACCCCAAGGGGAGAAAGGGCUGAUUGUUCAAGAGUCUCAUAACUGGCUUGCAUUCUCUUUAAAUUCAUCAAAUUGAUCUAAAUUUACCUAAAAUUAAAAUGUAUUAUUAUUUUUCUUUUGCCAGCUUGGGAGUAAAAGGCAUGGUGCAAUGGGACCAAAUCCUCGUGGUAGGUAGUCUAACUACAUAAUGUUGUCAUGGGGUUGGGAAGCAUUGCGUGACUUCAGCCUGAGUGGCUGUGAAGGAGACAAGUACAUAAGCUGCUUUGUUAUAAUAUCACUCAACAGACCAAAAUUAUAUUUUCUAAUGUGCAGCAACCUUACUUGUAUAGUAUAGUUCGCCAGACUUGUGUUCAGAAUUUUUUUUACCCAGGCUAGUGACAAGUUUUAUACUUAUCUUUCCAAGCCAAAAAAUGUAAUUUUUAUUGGCUGAUUCAGAUUUUGUUGGUGGCAAAAAGCGUGAUGCAUUUUUCAACAAUUCAAGUUAACUCAAACUGUCUCCAGUCUUACUAAAAUCAUAUGAAUUCUGUUUUUAGAUGUUGUGCGAAGCAAGGAUGCCAGAAUUCGCAUCCUGGAAGAAGAACUAAAAGCUGCAGACAAUGAAAAGCUUACACUUAUGCAUGAAAAGGAAACAGCUGUGAAAGAGGUACAGAAUGAUUUUAUUAUAAUUCAGAAAGACUGCAUCCUGCUUGAAUAUAUGCAGUCACCACAACAUUGAGUUCUAAGCACUACCCUAGUAGCUUGUUUAAAGAUGCUCCUCUUAAAUAAGAAAUUACAAACAAAAUAACAAUCUACUUGAAACAUAAAUAGGUUGGAAACCCCAGCUGGCACAAAGUAAAACCGCCACCAAUAAUUUACAAGGACGUGCUUGUGGAAAAAUUGAAGGGAACCCAGGGCUCUGAACAAACUACCUCUAAUCUAAUUAAUCUAACGUCUCCGACACGACAUGCAACGCGUAGAACAGUUUACUAAUCUUUCAAACAAGCAUUGUGGAAUGAAUUUUUCACUUAACAACUGACUGUUGAUCAUUUUCUUAUUUAACUGAUUCAAUGAGUUAAGACUAGAUUAUACAGCUAUAUCAUGUAUUUUUAUAUUGUUUAGUUGUUCAGUGUAUCUAUAGUAUUCAGAUUAUUUAGUUGUAUCUUUUUUUAUAUAGUUUAUACAGGUUAGUAUUAUCUGUUUAAUUGUCAAUUUAAUUAUUAUUUUUUAUUAUUAUUAUUUAGAAGACCACGAAUUUAUUAGCUCUGGCUAUUUAGUGUUAGAAUCAUUAAAUAAAGUCUUUAUCUUAUCUUAUCCUGUAAAAUGCAGGUUUCCCAGCAUAAUUAUGAUUUGUAUGACAAAGCUAAGAUUUUCUAGUCACCUGAGAGUAAAAGUUGGGCACCAGGGGCCACAGGAUGCUGCUAGUGCACAGCCUUGAUUUACCCAUCAACAUGGGUGUACAAGAAAGCUGAGGACUUGAACUCAAGACUAUUCUAAGAAACAACUGCAGCUAGUUACCGGCAUGGAACGCAAACCUGGAGUUGCCAGAUUUUGAUUUUGAUGCACUGACUGCUUAUAGUCAAGAAUAUUGAAAACAACAUUUUUUCCAUUCCAUUUGCCAAUCGGCCAUUUUCACAUUUAUGUCAUUUGAGUAUUAGUUCCGACAUGUAAUUAUUCAUUUCAUAUUUUUGCUUUCUUCUUUAUCAUAAAUUAAAUAACACUCCUUGGGGUUUGAAAUAAUAACAAUAGUCUUUCUGUGCAAAAGCAAAGUCCUUAUAUCAUUGAUUGCGGGUGUGCUGUACACUAUAUUUAACAUUGAUUUAAUACACCAGUGCCUUUGUAAAGCAAAGUUUUUCAUUUUAUUUUGUCACCUUUUAUCAAUCUUAGAAAUAUAUUUGCGAGGACCAACUGAAAGACACUGAUAUCAAGAUAGAACGUCUUCAAAAGGAAAUCAAGAAACUAAAGGUUUGUAUUAAUUUACAGCUUUGUGCUUCAAGACAUUGACACUAAAGAGAUUUUUUGACUUACGAAGGCUCUGUACUAUCAGAAUAUGGGAUCCAUGAUCUUUUCAGCCAUAUAAUCAAUCAACAUCUAAUUUCUCCUUACUGAUAUUGCUGUUUAAGAAGUUAUAAGGUUGAGGAGAAAUAGAAAAAAGGACUACUAAAGAUAAAAAUCAAUGUUUGACGUUUUUUAAAAUAUUCUCUCCCUGAAUACAGUCCACUCUCUCUAAGACGGACAUCUUUGGGACCAGCACUAAGUGUCCGUCUUAGAGAGGUGCCCAUCUUAUAGAGAGUCAAAUAAAGGGAGUAAAGAGAGGCAGGGACCAACUCUAAGUGUCCGUUUUACAGAGGUGUCCGUCGUAUAGAGGUGUCCGUUAAGAGAGAGUCGACUGUACACAUCAAAGGAAUAUUUAAAGAGUUCAUGUCUAGGGGUACUCCGCUUCAUAAUGGCCAUUUAUGGGGACGGAUUCUGCCUAAAAAGAAUAUCUUUUGCUGGCUUAAGUUAAAUAAAAAGGUAGAGAUUGAGCGAGUUCAAGAGUAUGAAAGGGUUUCUGGGAAACUGCCCACCUACCCCUCCCCUAAACCAACAGUAUCACUUAGUUCUUACUUAGGGCAAAAUGUUGGCUUAGGGGAGGGGUAGGUGGGCAGUUUCACAGAAACGUAAAAUGAUCCGGGAAAUCUGUCACUUAGGUAUUUUAUAACUUUGUGGGUGCUACAUAUAAGUGACAAGCCUUCAACGAUUUAUUCCUCUUAGUAAGUAGGUAUGUGGAAGGGACAGCAUUUUGUAAUGGAAAAUAUGCAAAAGGGAUUCCUUUUCUGUCCAAACUGCUACAAGUUGAAUCUCGGGGUAAGGCCUCCCCGUAGAAAACUUUGUUGAGCACCCCCCACACACCCCACCCCUGGGAUAAAUAGUAGUGUAGAGAAUACGGAUUUUGAUGUAAUGUUACAAUGGCAUAUUUAUUUUCUUUUGUCUACAGAAAAAGGGGGAUGAGAUGAGUGAGUGUAUAACAAAGGCUACUAAUGAACACGCAGAAGCAGAAGCUGAGAUCAGGGAGAAAGGACACAGGAUCGCUGAAUAUCAGGACAUGGUAAAACAUUUAUAACAUAGUCUUGUAUAUUUGCCGUUGCAGUAAAAUUUUGUACAUGAUUCUGGUUGUGAUUUUUUGCCAGAACGUUGAACGCGCGGUGCUUUGUAGUUUUUGUCCAGUUUCAAGCCUAGCCUACGUACAUGUAUCUUGUCUGCAAGAAAUGGCGAGGAGGGCAGUCGGUUUCUCCUUUCAAGGCUUCGUCCUCUUUUUCCUUCCGUUCUUUUAAGAAUCAUCGCGCUCCGAAGGGAAUUAAUCAAAUAAAAUAACGCAAGUUAUACAGGCUAUUCUGGACACAGCUAGGUGCAACUUUUCCUUACAUACUAAUAAUAAUCUGUUUGUCUCAACAGAUUGUGGAAUUGGAGUCGAAGAUUGGAGCCAAGCAAGCUGAAAUUGAAAAGGUAACAUUCCAUGUGGCUGAUUCUUUGUUUCUCUAAAGGGUGAUCUUGCAGCCUUAUUUUACCAACCUCUUUAAUUAUUCGUUAGAUGAAACAAAGAAAAUUUAUGUCAUUGAAGAGGCUUAGAUUUUAGGUACUAAUUACCAGGAAAUUUUGCGUACUUUGGCUUUGAAAUUCUUCAAGGUACCUCAACGGAGGUCUGAAAGCUAUUUAGCUGCAUCUCCAUUUUUGCUCACAUCUUACAAUAUAGUGCCUGGACAUAGUGGAGGAAAUUUCGGGAAAGUAAUCAGUGGCAAAGAAGCAAAGAUGGAAAACAAUAAUGCCUGAUCUCCAGCCUGGGAACGGUUAGUUUUUGUUUGAUGAGAAUCAACUGUUCGCGGACUCGGGGUCAGACAUAAAGUGCAUAGCAUUCUCCAGUGGCAAAGCAUUCUCCUUGGAUCCUUCAUGAAAUUACUAUGUUCAGAGAUACUGGCGAGGGGCACCUUCCUAGACUGAAGGCUUUUCGUUUUCAAAUUUGCUUAGAGAGCCCGAAAAGCUACCGGGACUUCCGAGAAACGGGCGUCAGUUCCCGAUGAAUUCUCAUCUCUUCUGUUCACAUACCUUUUAUAUGAAUUUACAGUUACAUGAGGACAUUCAAGAACAGCAAAGAGAGAGACAGGCUAAUCAACAGCUGAUUGAUGAAUUAAACAGCCAAAUUCAACAAUCAGAUGAGAAAAAUGACAAGGUGCUUGUAUAAAGGAGUACUAUUUGCGGAGCAAUUUAGGUUUUUGGGAAACUACCCACCUACCCCUCCCCUAAGUCAACAUUUUGCCCUAAGUGAGAAGUACGUGAUAAUGUUGGCUUAGGGGAGGGGUAGGUGGGCAGUUUCCCAGAAACCUAAGUUGAUCCCUAUUUACUAUCUUUUGACUUGCGUAGUGAAAACGAAGGGUAUACGUGCCAUUUACAUGGGAAAACCGGAAACUCCAGUGGGAAAAUCAAAUGGUUCGCGCCAUUCCGUUUGGGAAGCUUCAGUAAAUAUGGGCUGUGACUUGAAGCGAUGGAAUAUUUGCUGUUCUUUCUAGUCUGUUCAGCUGAUUUGGAUACACUCUGUAGCAGGUCGUUCUCUCCCCAAGUCAAAUUUUAUAGUCUUACGUUUAUGCACAGGAUUUUCAUGCGGGCAAUUUUGUGUAAACAGUAAGCACCCAGGGUGUUGCCCUAUUUCUCAAAUCGCUCGCUGAGGUAGCCUUCCACGCAACCGUUGUUAAGGCUUCGUCACGCGUUUGAGUCUUCCUCACGAACGCGUGACAAAGCCUUAAGAACGUUUGCUUGGGAGGCUGUCACUGAGGCUAGAUACGAACUUUUCAUGUGUAAACCGUCGCCUGCAGGUUAGCUCAAGUGAUUGAGCACAUGACUGUGUAGCGGUAUGCCUUGGUUCGAUCUGGGUCGGACCACCAUUUAGGUUCUUAACAAGCUGAGUUAGUAAGUGCUUCCUUUGCGACGACGCUUUGGCAGCGAUGACGUCGCAUAAAAAGUGAAUUUACUUUCUUCCAGUUUUUAUCGCGAUUAUUUCUACACGUGAUCAAAAGUAGGCGAAGCCCCCUGGAGUUGAAUUGCUAGCAUCCUUAUCCAAGUUAAAGUCGCUGUUUUGCCCUCUAAACCUAUUGUUUGUUUGUUUGUUUGUUUGUUUUUUUUUUUGCGUUGUCGUUGCCAUCGCGUCGAUGGAUCGUAAAGUCCCUUUUAGCCCUCGAACGCAGGCGUCUUUCCGGUCGUCGCUUCUCUCCACGCUAAAAGUUACUUAUCGGGUAGAAGAAGCGACGAACGGAAAUACGUCUGCGUUUGCAGGCUACUCUGACAUCUGCCAGUGUUUAAGACUAAGUAUGAUAAGGCUGGUAGACGUAGCCCUUCAAUUGUGUGUUUCAGAUUAUUAUGGAACUAAUGUAUUAUCUGCCGAUGUAUUUUUUAAACAGCUUGAAAAAUUGCUUCAGGAGGCGAGGAACAGGUAAGAAUAAGCUCACAGUGUAUUAUUAGUGGUCAAACAGGGAGAUAGCAACUAUUAAGAGCGGUGUGAAAAAUAUACUGAGACUUGACUAAUUGCUGAAAAUCAGUUGUCGCACAAGAUCCGUUCAAACCCAGUGUUUGUCACAGUGAACGUACUUCUUAUAGUAAAGCAAGAGUGGGUGGAGCACUCACCUCCCCUGACUAGUCUGGCCAAGUGGGUUGAGUUGAAUUCCGGUCGUUUGGCCCGAAAGUCGAUUUGCUUAACGGCGGUGAACACACUUAUCAGAGAUGUUAUUUUAGUUAAGCUUGGAUUCAACAUCUGCAGUUACUGUCUUUUUGCGCUUAUUCUUUUAUUCCUUUUUUCGGGCGUAAAGAACGACAAAUAAACAUCAGGCGAGCCCGGCGAUAUACACUCUUUUUUUUUUAUAAGAAUGUUGUUUUUCCGGCCCAGGCUGAAUAUUCUUAUUUUUCUGCCGAUUUUAGGCUGAAAAUAUUCUUGAAUUAUUCUUAAAUAAAGCCUAUUGCUGUUUUUGUUUUCGCUAGGUUUUGUUAUUUAAAAAGGAAAGAAUUUGUCAUAACACUUUUUUGCGGUUUAGUUUAUGUCUUUUGUGCUGAAUACUGUACAUAUGUAUUACAUGCACCGUUCGUCGAACUGUCAUUGGCGUUGAACAUUUUGCUAUAGCUAGUGCAGGUUUUUUCGUUUUGUUGGCUAGUUGGAAUAAUUUUAUACGGUUAAGUUAAAAACAUAAAAUUGUAUUGUAUUUACAGAUGUUUCAACACACAAAAUUAUAUCUAUCCUUUUCAAAAUCUCAGCCUCGGCUUUAUUCUUAAAAUAUUCUUAAAAUUUCGGAAAUUUCAGCCUCGAUAUUCUUAUAAAAUAUAUUCUUAUAAAAAAAAAGAGUGAAAGUCCGGGCAAACUGCCGUCUGGCGAAUCGACCUUCGGGCGAAACGACCGCUUAAGCCUAUUGGUGGUUCUCUCUCUUGCUUUGAGAGGUUUUUCUUUGGGUGCGAUGGUUUUUUUUCACUCCUCACUGCGAUGUUAAUUGAGGUCCUGAACAGCUUCAAGGUGUUUCGUUGGUCCACAAGUUACAUUGCGGUUAAAAUUUUGUUAUUUUGGGACAUAACGUACGUAUAUUUCUUAUUACAGCAGGGAAAGUUUGCAGGCAGAAUUUGAUGAGCAGGUGCUCCGUUUAACUGAAAUGGAACAACAGUUAAACUACAAGCGGGACGAAUGUGAGGUAUAACAUGGAGGCAUUUGAUAUUAGCAUUAAUUCAGUCCCCUAUUCACCCUUUUUUCCAUAUCAGUCCAUUUCUAAAUAACAGUCGUUUUGCACUCAUCGAGUGUACAAGCUUUUUUGAUAAGAUUGAAAGAAGGACAUGGUCAGAGAAGAAGCUGAAACUGAACUAGUCACAGUUACCUCAGUUCGAACCACAGAGGACUCGUGCCCGCGCUCACAGUUCUUUUUUCUCUGUUGUAUAAAUCAGCCACGUAUGACUUUUGAGCUGUUCACUAGAGAUUAUAAGAAGGCUGUAUAACCACAGGGAGACCAUCCAGCGCUGUGUUGCAGCUACCCCCGCCUUUCUACAGCUGGUCCCAGUUGUUCGAAAAGUGGAUAACGCUAUCCACUGGACAAAUCACUACCCUGCGGAUAACGCAAGUGGUUUUUCAAAUUCUUAUCCGCUGGAUAGUGAUUUAUACGAUGGAUAGCGCUAUCCAACGUUUGAACAACACGGGCCUGGAUGAAGCAACUUCAUUGUUGUUUAUUAGGCUUUUCCCGGGACUAAGCCUUUUACUUCGUGGAAAUUAUUGGGAGCUUAAGCCGUCACGACAGCGUCAGGAUCAGCGGUGUCAAAAAAAAAACUCUCUUAGGCUACAUUCACAGGGCAUCGGACGAAUUUUCGGCAAACAGUGAAAAAUUCGUGCGUUGAGGUGUUCCGUUCAUACGGAACACGCUAACUGUACGAAAAUUCAGCCUGAUUCGUCAGGUUAUUGCAAACAGAGUGAAAAUAUUGAACGGUUCCGUGUGAACGAAGUGCCCUGUCAAAUUUUUCAGCCGGUCGAAAAUUCGUCCCGUGCCGCGUGAACGCUGUAACAAGCAAAACAAUAACUCGCGAUUAGCACCGCAGGAGGGAAACUAGAAUGUCACUGCUUUUGCAUCGGUUUGUUGAACAUAACGAUAAAUAUACCGCAGCGAAUCAAUGAAUAGCUUUUUCCACGGUGCAUGUGGCCAUUGCUAACAUUUCAACUUUUUAUUUAAAGCUUCUACAAGAUUGUUUAAAGCAAGUUAAAGUCAACGCAUCUGCGGACGAGGACAGAGAGACAGAUGAGGAAGCAGGUUAGAAAAGCGAACAGCGCAGUCUUUAAGCUUCGGUAGAACGGGCAACAAACAAGUGCAACUUGUUUUGUAACAAUGCUGCAAAACGAGUUAAAAAGCGACGUUCCGCGUUUUACCACCCGCGUUCAAACCUGUUUUGUAUCAAAUCAGGUUGUUGCAUGUAGCGUGAAUACUGUCUUCUGAUUGGAUAAAAUUACGCCGGAGUCACGCCAUACACAGGAUUUUACGUCACUUGUCGCAAAACAAGUUUGCCUUGGGUCGGUAAAACGCGAAACGUGCACAUAUUUUUUUGCAAAACAUAGAACUUCUCUCCUCUUUCUGCAAAAACUUUUCUCAAAGAGGAACAACCUGUUUUGUUGCAAGAAAGGUUUGAUUCAUGGGUUGUAUUUAAACGCGCAACAUCGCUAUUCAACUGGUCUUGCAGCAAUGUUGCUAAACAAGUUGCACGUUUUUGUCGCCCGUCUUACCGUACCGUUACUUAGGAUUAGUUGUAUUCUCAGGUUAGAAAGGGGUUUAUCUAGACUGCACCUAGUGAAUAAUCAUGACCACUGCAAAUAAAAAUACCAAAAAUACCAAAAAAGUAGACAGUUACUUCAAGAAGUACUAUGGAGCUAUUAAGAACUCCAAAUUUGAAGCAUUAUUAAUGGCACCACAAAACACUGCUCAGUGGCCUUAAUUGAAAUGGUCUCACCAACACAGGAUUUCAUUUAAACGGACUCGAAAGUUGGAACCACUUUGUGUAGCGUAACAAACAGUAUUACAGGAAAGGAGUUCGUUCUAAAUUUUAUCUUUUCCAUCCCAACCUAAAAGCUUAUGAUUUGUUUUGUUCAUUUAACAGUUUCUUUGUUUUAUGUUAGAUCCACAAGAACUGGAAAAGCGAAUAGGGGACAUGAUGGAUGUUGCUAAGGUAAGACUCUACCCUUUAUAAAGCUGUGAACCGUCUGUCUGUCUUAGUUAAAAAAAGUGUUUUAAAUGAAAGAAGAACAUCGUAGUUUAGAAAGCCUGAAAAAAUUCAAGUGUUACGGGAGUCCAAUUCUUGACCUCUGUGAUACUGGUGCAGCGCUCUACCAGUCGAGCUAGCAAGCGAACUGGGAGUAGGUCAUUGAAUUGUUUGUUGUAAAAACUUUAAAAUGGUUUGUUUUCGUUAUGUUUUAGGCGAAAUCAGAACUGAAAAAGUCUCUUGAGUCUCAGAAAGCGAUGGAAUCUGAACUGGAUGAUCACAGGAGAACUAAGAAACUGCUUGAAAGUAAGUAAAUAAGACUGACGGCAUUUGGGUAAAGAACAUUUGAUUUUCCCUCCCGUUUGUCGGCUUUACUUGAUUUUUAGGUCCUGGGCUUGUUCUAUUAACAUUGUUAGACUAUUUUCAGACGAGUUUUACAUUAGGGUUUGUCUCGAUGAAUUUUUUAAUGAUUUACUACCGAAGGCGAAGUUUGCUUCAAGCCCACAACAUUGCUGGGAGUUGUUGCGUCCGUUUUCACGUAGCAAAAAGUUUGACUGAUUUCAAACUUUGCGUAACAACUCCCAAAAACACGCAACAACCUGCAACAGGGUACGCAAACGGGCGCAACAUUUAACGUCCAAAAAUGUUGGGAAUCGUUGGCCAACAAUGUUGCAUCCGUUUGCACGGGGCUUCAACUUCGUGAUUCGUUUCGGCACCAAGUACCCGAAGACGAAUUUUGCCUUCGAGUUGGUCAUAAAUUCGUUGAUAACUUUAGAACGCGAAAACAAAAGGGCUGCGAGCCAUAGUCGUCCAGUUAAAUAAGAGGUUCUAAUGAGCCGCUAGGCUACUGGGGCCUUAAAACACGUACUUAUGUUUUUCUCAAUGUUCGUAUUAACUGAUCAAUACGCGUUUGAGCUGUAAAUGAAACUUGUACUCUCUUGAAUGUAGCGUUCUUAUCACCUACUAUUAAUUAUCAUGCAUUUUAACGUUAACCAGAGUAAAUACAAAAUUGCAUAUUUUUGAUUGCAGACGAAGUAGAAGAAAUACGAGAACAGCUGGUUCAGCUUAAAAGCAAAGCCGACCAUGCUGCUCUUAGCCAGCGAGAAAAGGAAAUCGAACUGGAAGCUCUUCAGAAAUAUUUCAAGUCAUCGGAGGUUGAAUUACACAGGUAUGUAUUAACUAAGAUAUUUCAUCUUCUCAGUCAUUUAUUAACUUAAAUGUUCCCUCUUUUAAUAUUUGAACGGCAAAAGAACUGCUUUGGUCUUGCAUGGUUACGUUACUACCCUUCGUUACAUGGUUAAACCUCUUUCGCCAUUUGGUCGACCAGUCAAACCAAUGCAAUACUGUUAACUGCCGCUUAUAAGCACUGGGCUUAUACAUCUUCGUAAGUGGCUUUAGGAUGACUUAUAAACGGAAGGGCUUAUAUUCGCGGGGUCUUAUAAACGGAAUAGAAAAAGCCCUUCGAAACAAGCCAAAGAAGUGUUGAUCAAAAUACGUUUUGUAUUUAAUGGUAUUUAAUUAAGCUCCAAAACGUCAUAAUAAAGCGAACUCAGAAGACUUCUUAUAGUUGGAGCUAGAGCGGGUCUUAUAUAAUAUCCAGGCAGAUUAUAACACGACAUGGCUUACACACAUUUUCCCGCGCUCAUCGCUGGUUGCAAGAACUCGAGUUGUGAUUGGUUCUUUCCAAUGUCUUCCUCUGUUUCAUUGGUCAGAAUAAAGUCCUUUUCUAAGCCAAUAGAAAACGUUUGCUUGCUGCAUGAUUUCACUUAGAAAUUUUUGAAUUUAUAUAGAAGCACUGAACAGUGUCUAUAAGUGUAAAACAAAUAAUAUUAAGAGGUCUUUUUCUUUUUUCUUCAUAUUUGUAGAAAACUCACAGCUGAAGAGUCUGCACGGAUUAGCACAGAGAACCAGCUCCAGUCCGAACAGGCCAAAGCUUCUACUGCUGUUGUUGAUGCUGAUAAAUACAGGUGUUUUUUUUUAAGUCUUAUUACUUCUUUAUGACUUCGUUUCGAGUACUCUCCCCUUUUAUGCAAGGCCCGUAAUGUGCGAGGCUAUUGUAGUGAAGAACGGGACAAAGAGAGAGAGAGAUAUUGUUCAUCCUUUUAAAUCCUUAUAACAGUUAUAUUUCUUUGGAGCUUGAGGUGGCCGUGCUACGUGCCAGGUAUUGUUUGCUUAGAUAAGAAGUUUGCGUUCCACUGUCUCGCUUCUCCGUGGUGUGUAAGUAGGUGCCGGCAACAUGUCCUGUAGUGGAGUAGCAUCUCAUCGAGGAGGAAAUAACAAUAUUUCCAGGUGCUCUGCUCACAGAAACCGGGACUGGCUCUUCCUUCAUUUCUUCGUUCGAUUCCCCUCUUUGCAUUACAGUCUCCACUAAUGGAUACAACUGUCUGGCACGAGCUUGUAAAGUAAACUCCCUCUAUGUCAGACGGCUUUAGGACUAGUUCUCGCUGCCUGCUUCAACUAUUCAUUUUGCCCUUUUAUUAUCAUCCGAGUAAGGACUUAAUACUGACAAGCAAAAAAUUGUUUUGUUCAGACAGCUGUAUUUGGACAUUAAGAAACAAAUCGAAGAGAUAGAUCAGAGUAAAAAGGAACAAGUAAGUAGAUUUUUACCUUCUUUCACAUCAUUAAUUUAGGUUCGGUUCGGCCAUAGAAAAGUACAUUAAUUGUCUAUCGUAUAUUGUUUAUACUAUGACAAAAAUUAAACCGGCAGUUGCCAGCUCUAAGGACCACCACGACUACAAGUGGCACUGUAACUUUCACUUGGACGCUGUUGUAUUUGACAAUUUAUUUGGAGAAAAUAUCAGUGUUACUAGUUUCUUAUCAUUUCACGAUAGAAUAAUCUCUACUUUUUUUCUUGUUUAGUUAUCUAACAUGGAGACCAAAGCACAUCAAAACUGGGUAAGUUGAGACGAAGGCAUCUACGACGACAACAGCGUUCCUUAAUCCAAUGUGGAAGGACGCUUGCACUGCUCUCAAAGAAUAAAUGCUGGGCAGUCUCAUCAUAAAAAUAAGCUUUUACAUCAUCAUCAUCAUCAUCAUCAUCAUCAUCAUCUUCAUUAUUAACAUUAUCGUUAACAUCAUCAUCAUCAUCAUGAUUUUCCCUCACUUGGUUUUUCUCAGUCCUUUUUCAUUCUUCACAAGUAGCAAACGCUUCUCGAGACAAUUACAUCAGGUGGAAAGAAAGUUAGGUGAAACAAGAAACAUGGCAGUGACUUUAGAUUGUUUCUGUUGUUUGAUUAUUCGUUCACACAAUUUUAACUUAUGUAUCUAUUAAAACAUUUAUUAUUUCAGCUGGAUUAUAGGGCUGCAGCAAAUGAAGUAGAAGCUCUUAAAGAAGAGAAUGAUCUCCUCAGGAGAAAGUAUGUUUAUUCCAAAGAUUGUCGCAUGUUCCCUUAAGAAUUUGUUUCCUUGACUAGUUGCGGUAGUCACCCAACCCAUGACCCCUGUCGGAAGCCCUCCUACGUCUUGUUUGAUAUCAGAUGUGUAAAGCAAUGCAGCCUGUUCAAUGGAUAUCUAUGUUUGUUGUUUUCCGUUUCUAGGCUGUAAUGAUAUUUUGGACGGGGUUAGGGAUGGAAGCUAUCGUCCAAGCUCAUCUGACCACCUUUCCUUUUCCCUUUCCCCCAUUUUUUUCAAUCAAAUGAACCACGGUGAGUUGGUCUACUUUGUUUGAUAAGACAAUCAAUGCAGCCUGUUCAAUCGUUCUAUGUUUGUUUUUUCCGUUUUAGGCUUUGAGAUCGUCGAAUGACACCAAUCAAAGUGAAAUGGUUUGGUCAGCAAACAACCUGGAUAUUUUCGCCUACAGCGAUUAUCGUCCAGAUUUUCUGAAAAAGACCACAAGAAAAAAUUCAAGGACCUCAUUAAACGUUUAUUACGCUAACGCCAAAACAUUUCUGAGAGUUUUUUGGCACUGGUAAGGUAAUAGUAACAUUCAGACUUUUUUGCGUCUGAGUUCAUCUACAACACUUUUUCCAUAUCAAACAACUUCAAACCUGUUUAACCUGUUGACCAUAAAAAAUCUGUACUUGCCAAAUUUUACAUGUAAGGGUUUCCUAUCUUAUUUUGCAGUCGAUGGCCGGGACUCGCCGCGACAAAGGUAAGCGUUUUUAUUUUAUUUAUUUUUUUUUGUUAGAGAGGAGCUUGUGUUCAUUCUAUAAAUAAAAGCUUGGUAUUCCCUGAAUUGUACAUCAUGAAAAAAACCUUUUUCUUUCUUUUUGAAUGUACAGUCCAAUGACUGGUCCGCCCGGACAUGGUAGCCCUGUUCCAUUUGCUCCUAUGAUGGGUACGUAUUUGCAUGUUGCUUUUUAUUCUGGUCACAGAUAUGCUAAAUUAAUGAUUUAAAUGAGUGUUUAUUGAAUCCGUUAUUUCCAGUUGAAAAAAAAAAUUGUUUAGUCUUAGAGAAGCUGUGUCUAGAAAUUAAGCUAAAAUCAGUUAUAAGGAACUUGCCGGCUAAGUGAAUGACAUUAGAGAGGUCAAGCAUCACGUUUACGUCAAAAGGCAAACGUGAAUUUGUACCACGUGAUCAAGUUUCCCCUUUACUUGUCGUUAACUAUUUAUUAUUUCAACACAUAAAUUAGUAGUUUCACGUAAAUUUUUUUCAAUAAGAAUUGUUUUGAGCAAUUUUCAAUCUGCUAAUCUUCUACUUUGAGAAUUCUCAACCUGAAUCUGACGGUUGCCGCAUACGUGAAGCCUAACUUUCUAUUGUGGUAUUGAAAAAAACGCUAAAACAGAUAAGGAACAUUUAGCUUGUAUAACAACUAUAAAGGAAGGCAAGGCGUGAGUGGACAAAACUAAAAAAAAAUUAAAAUAGAUUGCAUUUGGGGUCUUUAAAUACUGUUGAACGUAACAAUUUUUAAAUUUCUCUCUUGUGUGAUGUGAAUAUAAGCGUUGUAAAUUGGGAUAGAUAUUUCUUUGUUCGGAAGCUGUGCUUUUAUCAUUUAGACUCUUAUUUCCUUGCUAACGUUCAGUUUCAUUGCGAAUAAUCAGUAGAACGUAACGAAACUGGCGAAAAUGCGGUGUCACGGGCCGUUUUAUUUCUAGCACUUUAACCCGGAAGCAAUCACCCGGCGGGAGCACACAGUGAAUUUUUGGGGAGGAGGUUUCUAAAACUAGUCUGAAAAUCUAGCGCACUGUGACGCUUAUUAUAUCAUAGGUACCCCUUGCUUGAUGGCAGUUUGUUCUAACGGUUGAGGCUAGGUUAUUUCAAGGGUAGCUUUUGUUUACGUGUUUGUUUGUUUUUUCUUUUCUUUUUAGGUCCCCCACCUCCUCCCCCAGGAAUGUUUCCAGUUCAACGAAGGCACCCUGCUGAAAUGCUUAUGAUGACUCCUCCUCCUCGAGCACCCUUUCCCCCUCCGGGUCAUGCCACUCCUCCCCCGACAACUUCAACUCCUCAGGUAUCUUAUCUCAUUGUUUUCUUUAUAUGCACCUUUGCGUGCCUCAAACAUGUUCCCUGAAGGUGGGGGUUGCAUUUGGUUGUUUUUAUGUCAUCUCCCGCGAGGUAGCGAGACGAGCCGGAGGCUGAGGAAAAAUGGGCUUCCUCGGUUGGAAGAAAUGAGAUAUUUUUAGCACUCUAGCAAGUAAAUAGAAUGUUAGUACAGUGUAAAACCCUUUGCUUUCUCAAGUGUUAAUAAGCCAAAUCCAAUUAAUUAUUCUAGCAAAUUUUAGCAGCCCAUCAAACGAACUGCCAAUCCUGUCCUUAGGCCCGUUUCUCUUCACUACUAGGGGCGAGGUUGGCGAACCACUUUUAAGUCUAACCAGCGCCACCCGCGCGCAAAAGCGUGCCAGUGACAGACUUAGAUUUGGUUCUGGCUUCGCUUCUUUAAUUUCCUUCCCUCCUCGCCACGUCCUUACUAUCCGAAGCCUGGAAGAGGACUUACAAACCAAAGUAACUGCUAAACACUUGUACCACUUGUCCGUACACCGCCGAAACAAACUAUAUCGUUUUAAUUUCCAAAUAUUUUAAUAAACGAUUUGGCUUCGUGUGUUUUCUUUUCAGACCUCUAAACUGGAUGGUGACGCUCCAGAUGGCUCAUCCCGUUUUCCUCCCCCUCCUCCACCCCCCAUGGCUGGAUUUGGCCCACGGCCUUUGCCCCCCAUGAUGGGUAUGCCAAGAUUUCCUCUCCCCCCACCGCCUAUGAUUCCUCCUCCUGUUUCUGGUGGACAAGGACCUCGUAAGUAUUUUAAGGUCUGCCGAAGCGCAAGUUGUGACUGUUGUUACUUUUAAUCAUCAUUUUCACAUUGCCCAUAAUAUCCCUUGCUUAACCCCCAAACCUUUGCAUUAGAAGUGUCUUCAAUUUCUCCUUGCGGAAUACUCAGGAGAGAUUGGUAACAGUGAGUAUGCACUGUUGUUUUUUUUCGGAGCGGGGGGUGGAGGGGGGGCAGGGAGUCAAACGAAGUUUAUUAUGGGCAAAAUGAAAAUGGUCAGUGAAGCAAUCAGAACCCGAUGUGAAGCGCGGUAAGACGCGUCAUUCUAACUGGCUAAGGAAGUUAAUUUUUUUAGAUUUAUUUAUUUAUUUUUUUAAUAAUCUUAAACAGGAGCUAAUCAAAUUUGAUGGGCUCCUUUCUUAAACCAAUCAGAAGCCUUAGAAGUGCAACAACAGAGUCUCUGGGAAAUUAGUAGCCUCCCCGCGGAUGUCAUUUGAGGUUCGUUCGUCACGCAUUCUAGGAAAUUAGACUAACAAAUUCUCUUAGUUUUGAUCCAUCGCCCGUUACGAAUAGAGAAUUAUUUGUUUGUUUGUUACCCAGCAUGUUCUUUUCACAUUUGGGCUCAGAGCCUCUUUUUUCUGUCUUAAGAUGGACGGAACAUAACAAAAAUUCCCCUAUGACAAAUUCAAUUAUUUGUGUUUUCGAGCUGUAUUCAAACUUUUGUCUUUUUUUCCUCUUUUUCCAGGACUUUUUAGACCAGGCGGACCUCUCCCACCACCUGUUUCAAUGCAAGGCCCUAGGCCAUCUUCUUAA